UGGUGUGUGGGAGUGCACAAACUAUAAAAAUACAAAAUGAUUAAGUGUUGUGGGUUUUUUCUCGUAGUAAUAGCAAUGAGCGUAAUGGCCACGAAAACAAUGGCCCAAGGUGCAUGGGACACUGCCCAUGCAACGUUCUAUGGGGACAUGUCCGGAGGAGAAACUAUGCAAGGAGCUUGCGGGUACGGCGAUCUGUUCCAACAAGGCUAUGGCCUUGAGACCGCAGCCCUAAGCACGGCGCUCUUCAACAACGGCCAAACUUGCGGCGCGUGCUUCGAAAUCCAAUGCUACGACGACCCGCAGUGGUGCGCGCCUGGCUCGAUCACUAUCACCGCUACCAACUUCUGUCCCCCGAACUAUUCUAAACCUGGCGACGACGGCGGCUGGUGCAACCCGCCUCGAAAGCACUUUGACCUGUCGAUGCCCAUGUUCGUAAAAAUCGUGAAGGACUACCACGCGGGCAUCGUCCCCGUGCAGUUCCGCCGCGUCACCUGCGUGAAGCAGGGCGGCAUGCGGUUCGAAAUCAAAGGAAACCCUUACUGGAUUUUGGUGUUGGUUUACAAUGUGGCGGGCGAUGUCGUGGCGGUGUCGGUGAAGGGGUCGUCGACCGACUGGAUAGCGAUGUCGAGGAACUGGGGCCAGAAUUGGCAAACCGGGACGCAGUUGGUGGGGCAGAGCUUGUCAUUUAAGGUGACCACCAGUGACGGCCGGACGGUCGAGUCGGAUAAUGCCGUGCCGUCGAAUUGGCAAUUCGGUCAGAAUUACGAGGGCGGACAGUUCUAAUCAAUUUAUCACAAAUGAGAAAAUUAAGAGCGCGCGGAGAGU